CAGUGCACCUUUUAGAGUCAACAGGCCCAGGGCUGACUCUCUUUGCCUCCCUACAAGAGCUAUAGCGCGUCUGGCUCUCGCAUCUGCUGUAUGUGGUGCUUCUGCUUCUGUCUCACCAACCACUGAUAACUGUGUUCUCUGUGCACCUGCUCCUGACAGCACCGUGUCCCUUGUCUAACUCGCCACUCCCAGAGAGUAGGGGACACCAGCGGUCAAGACCUUCACCUCCAGAGUCCAAGGCCAAGCUGGGCACAGGACAGCUGCAUCCUUCUGACCAAAGGGCUUUUCCAGGAGAGGCAUUUGCUUUUGAUUUGGGGCUGCAAGCUACUCUGCUUCAAGAACACCUCAUGGAACCUGAAGCCUUAGAGAUUUGCCCUUACAACCCGCACCACCGAGUGCCACUCAGCAGAUUUCAGUACCACCUUGCAUCCUGCCGGAGAAAGAACCCCAAGAAAGCCAAAAAGAUGGCCAGCUGCAAAUACAACGCCUGCCACGUGGUCCCCAUCAAGCAGCUGGAGGAGCAUGAGGCUGUGUGCGUCAACAGGAGCACCAUGGAGGAAGACGACAUCUUGAGCCCCCUGAAAGUUAACCUUCCGGGUUCAGAGCAGAAGGGAGACACCCCUCCAGUGUCUCCCUGGCUCACUCACCCCGACACCUGGAAUGUUGAUAGCACCAACUGCCACCCCAUGUUUGUCCUUAAGACUUUUGUUCCCCAGAAGCUUGUUUGUGAAAGCGACACAAGAGAGUCAAAGAGAGAGGACGCCCCCUCAGCCCCGACCACAUCCCAGAAGACCCUCAGACCAGGAGAGUAAACCAGCAGCAGCAGAAAGACACAUGGCUCUUAAAUGCAAGAAAGGAGAGUACACUCAGCAAAAUAAAAAGCAUGCAC